UCCACGAUGGGAACUCCCGGAUAAGGAGAUCUCGACAUAACCUUUAUGGAAGCGUUUAGGGAGGAGAAGCUGAUAAGUAUGGUCCCUCUCAAUUCCACCAGCGGUCCCACUCCUCGCAGCUUUGUGGGGUGGGGGGGAUUUGAACUUGGGCCAGAAUGGGAGAAUCCAUUCCUGAGGCUCCUUCUGGCUUUCCACUUGGUGCUCCACUUCCGCAACUGCCAAGAUGUUAGGCAAAUCUCAUGUGAAACCUUCAGCGUACUAGCCAGAUAAAUCCAAUGCGAUUCACUUAUAAUCAAAUUCAACAUAGUUUAGCUAGGUGUUCAGGAAGGAGAUAUUUUGCUAUGAGCAGGGGCCACUGCAAAGCAGUGUGCUUUAAGGUAUUUUGGGGUUGAAUUUUGAGUAAGCAGAAGGGGAAGGGAAAUUCAGGUAAACCCAGAAGGAGCAAUGACUUAGGGGAAGGAGGAGGAACAGCGGGUAAGAGGGUGGCGGCUGCUCUUGCGGAGAUGGUGGAAACAAGGUCAGACAGGCAGGCUGGGGCCCAAGUUUGGGAGCAGGGGACCCGGAGGCGGGCUGAAGGCUCUGUUGGCUCCCGAAGCAUGACAACCACGGAAACUCUCCCUGCAAGUCAACACCCAAGGUCAGAAGUCACUCCUCCACCCAGCGAGCCUCUCUGGGAGAACGUUCCCCUGGAGAGCGAGCCGCCCAGAUGAGACAGCCAGGCUGUCCUCCGCGAUCCCUGGGCACAUUCAGUGGUGCUUCUGUUCCUCUCGCUUUCAGCAGACUCCUCCGCUGCUGACGCAUCCUAGAGGGGACCCCGAAGGGCAGCAUGACCCACGCCAACCUGACCCUCGUCCACCCUGCGGUUUUUGUCUUACUGGGCAUCCCUGGGUUGGAGGCUUAUCACCUCUGGCUGUCGGUACCCCUCUGUUUCAUGUACGUCACUGCCGUCCUGGGCAACAGCGUCCUGAUAGCGGUCAUCACCACAGAACGUCGCCUUCACGAGCCCAUGUACUUCUUCCUGUCCAUGCUGGCCGCCACCGACAUCUUGCUGUCCACCACCACCGUCCCCAAGGCCCUAGCCAUCUUCUGGUUCCAUGCUCACGCCAUUGCCUUCGAGGCCUGUGUCACCCAAGUUUUCUUUGUCCACACGAUGUUUGUGGGGGAGUCAGCCAUCCUAUUAGCCAUGGCCUUUGACCGCUUUGUGGCCAUCUGCAACCCCUUGCAUUAUGCCACCGUGCUCACGUGGCCUGUGGUGGGAAGGAUUGGUCUGGCCAUUGUCACCCGAAGUUUCUGCAUCAUCUUCCCAGUCAUCUUCUUGCUGAAGCGGCUGCCUUUCUGCGGGACCAACCUCAUCCCCCAUUCCUACUGUGAGCACAUUGGCGUGGCCCGCUUGGCCUGUGCCGACAUCACCGUCAACAUCUGGUAUGGCUUCUCGGUGCCAAUCGUCAUGGUCCUCUUAGAUGCCAUCCUCAUCGCCGUGUCUUACUCCCGGAUCCUCCGAGCGGUGUUUCGUUUGCCCUCCCAGGACGCCCGGCACAAGGCCCUCAGCACGUGCGGUUCCCACCUCUGCGUCAUCCUCAUGUUUUAUGGUCCGUCCUUCUUUGCGUUACUGACCCAUCGCUUUGGACGUAACGUACCUCGGCACAUCCACAUCCUGCUGGCCAAUCUUUACGUGGUGCUGCCGCCGAUGCUCAACCCCCUGGUCUACGGCGUGAAGACGAAGCAGAUCCGGGAGGGGGUGGCCCGCCGGGUCUUCGGCAUCAGGGUUUGGUGCUGUGCUUCCCCGCUGGGCUGAUGGCUCCCCUCGGAGGCCCACUCCCAGCUGCAGGUGUGAAGCACAGAGAUCUCCUAGACCGAGAAGCUUUUCCUCUCACUUCCUCUCCUCCUCUUCUUCUUCCUCCACAUUUUCUCUUCUGGUUAUUCUUCCGUGUCGUCAUCUCCUGUUUCUUCUGUUUCCUCUUCUGGUCUCUUCUCCCGUGACAGUCUGUCCCCAGGAAGAAUAUCUAUGUGCAUACGCCUCUGAUAUGAACAUUCGGCAUCCUCAGCAGACCAGACACACCCCAGAAACACAGGGAGCUGAGCGCCACAUGAAGUGAGGGAGGCAGAAAUGGAUGCACAUAAUUCUAUAUUUGCUAUCUGAAGGGAUUCCAGUCUUUUCGUCCCCAGAUGUGCACUGACUGUUUGCACAAACCCCCGUAGCUCUCCACCCACUUCUGUCCUCUGGAAAACGCCUGUUCAUCCGCUAAAGUUGAGUUCGAGAACCGCCUUCCCCGAGAUGUCUUCUCUGGUCUUCUCGGAUAAUCCCAGGCUUCUAUCUCUGUAUGUCUAUUGCAUCUUGUACCCAUCUCAAAAUACAGGAAACGAGUUAUAAUGGGUUGCUUGUUUCUUUGUACCCCGCGUUGACUGUAUACUUGAAAGCAGAAGAUUGUGUGUCAUUCGUAUUGGUACCCUCGGUGUGUCCCCGAAUGCGUGGAACAUAAUAACUGUUUGAAAAAUAACAGGAGCACAAUUACCUUCCUCAAGUUAGAACAUGCAUCUCUGUUUUGCACUAAGGUGACCAGCCGGAUUAGUCCACAAACCCAGUGACUGGUGAACCAGUUUCCUACAAAGGCAGUUGUCAUACAUGCGGAUUCCUUCCUUUUCAGAACUUUGCUGUACUUCAAAGACCAGGGAAAAGCCAAGAGUAGAAGGACACAGGGUCCUCUUCCUCUGAUAUCUGGCUUCUGACUAUCCCCGAUACUAGGAAACAGAGCACAUUUUCUUCCUGGCCACGUUAGCCAAGUUAGA